GUGUGGCGUUUGACAAACAAAAUCAUCUGCAGUGAGAGAGAGGGUAUUCACACAGGGAGAACCGACCGAUGCUUCAAAAACCUUGAGUAGCAGCGAACAAGAUUCUAACACAUUGUUUUUCUUUUACGCACAGACGAUCUGUUUUACUUGGUUGUAAGCAGUUAAAAGGCAGAGACCACAGACUGUAGCUGAGCCGACUGCAGUCUGGCUCUUAUUAGGGAACUGAUUGUGUGUGAGUGUGUGUGAGAGAGUGAGAGAGAGAGAGAGGGUGAAAGGCUUUGGAUUAAAGGUGCCAGCAAAUAAGAUAUGGAAAUUCAAGUUGUUUUUCUCCUUUUCUGGGCCUUUUUGGACCCAACCGGCUUGAGUGCAGAGGAGAGUGCGGAGCAGACAGGCUUCCCGGAGCGGCAGAGCGGGCGGGAGAACACGGAGAGCUGGAGGAGGAGCUCUGCGGGCGACAACGGCUCAGUGUCGCCCCCGGAGGCUGAGGGCAGGCGUCUGAGCGAGGACCUGGGGGGCACCAUGCUCGCCAUCGACACUCUGCCUGCAAACGGCUCCCAGCUGGUGGAGGACAAUCACAGCUAUUAUGUAUCUAGGAGUUAUGGACCAAAGGACUCCAGAACUCGGGAGCUUUGGGUUGACUUCAACAAACUGGACAAGAACAAAGUGCUAGUGCACGGAAUCCUGUCCAACACUCACCGCCAGGCCUCGAGAGUGAUCCUGUCCUUCGAUUUUCCUUUUUACGGCCAUUACUUGCGCCAGAUCACCAUAGCAACGGGAGGCUUCAUCUUCACCGGUGAUGUGAUUCACCGCAUGUUGACGGCCACACAAUACAUCGCUCCUCUCAUGGCGAAUUUCGACCCCAGUUACUCCAGAAACUCCACAGUCAGCUACUUUGAUAACGGGACGGCCUUUGUGGUGCAGUGGGAUACGGUGUUCCUUCAGAGUCGCAAGGACCUGGGCCCCUUCACCUUCCAGGCCACCCUGUGCCGAGAGGGACGCAUAAUAUUCAGCUACAAACACAUCCCGCUGCCUGUGCCUCAGAUAAACUCCGUCCAGCACCCGGUGAAAGUCGGCCUGUCGGACGCUUUCAUGAUCGUCCAGGAGACGGCACAUGGCCCCGACGGUCAGAGACGGACGAUAUACGAAUACCAUCGGAUCGAAGUAAAUAUGAGCAAGAUUGUCAACAGCUCGGCGCUGCAGUUCACUCCCGUCUCCAUGUGUCUGCAACACCAGAGCUGCAACGCUUGUGUUAGUGCAGAGGAACGGUUCAACUGCAGUUGGUGUAAUGUGCUCCAGAGGUGCUCGAAUGGCUUUGACAGACACCGGCAGGAGUGGCUGGACUAUCAGUGUGCAGAAGAGGACAAAGAUGAGCUGUGCGAAGAAUUUCCCGAACAUUCCCAGGACUUCUCCUCCUCGACAGCCGUGGUGAACACAGCAGCAGCGACCUCGCCGGCCGUGCUGCCGAGCAGCUCCACCCCAGACGAUGACACAAAGUUGGCUUUGCAUCCAAAAAACGAGGCCAUCACUCAUGACGGUCUCGCCCAGGAGCGAGCCAAAGCCGGAGUCGGAGCCAGGCCUGUUCACACCGGGAUCGUGGUGGGUAUUGUUCUGGGAGUGGUGGUUCUGGCUGUCUUGAUCCUCUCCGGCAUCUACAUCAACAACCACCCCACCUCUCCGGCCGCCUUGUUUUUUAUUCAGCGUCGCCUGUACAGAUGGCCGGCCAUGAAGUUCAGGAAGAGCAGUGGGCAGCCCACGUACGCUGAGGUGGAUUCCAGAGGCCACGACAAGGAAGGUUUUGUGGAAGCCGAGCAGUGCUGAGGCCCCCGCGGAGCAGGCGACGGGGAGGGAGAGGGGGGGUAAACCCCAACUUCCAAACCAUUAACAGGCGGUAUCAUCCUCAGCCGCGCCCCACAGAGGUUAUCUCCCUCCUUCCCCCCCCCCCCUUGAUGCCACUUUCUAGGAGACUAUAAUGAGCUUGUGCAAUACACCAAGCCCAUCAUCAUCUGGCCAGCCGGGACCUUUAUUAUAGUAUAUUUGAGAAGGAAUACGUUGCAGCUGAACACUGUAUUGCAUAAGUCUUGCUUUCUUUUCCCUGUGAGAAGCUUGUUCCAUUCGGAUCUGUGUGUGAUAUAUAUAUAUAUAUAUAUAUAUUAUAUAUGAAUCGAACCAGGCCAUGGGCCUUAUACGAUGAAGGUAUUUCAUCCACUUUCCUGGGGAAGUGAUUGGAAUACGAUCGAUUUUGCUUGUAAUUAGGAGCAGGAGUAGGCCAUUCAGCCCCUUGAGCCU